CACACGCACACACGCACAAAUGCACACACGCACACACGCACACAUGCACACACAGAGAUGAACACAUCCAGUAAGCACUGACUGACGUAGGAUGUCCAUGGAUGUUGAAAAUUUGGUGAAAUUUGGUCAGUCCAUCUUGGUCUUGAUUUCAACAUCAACAGAAGUUCAUUUCCAGACCGGCCUUGAUUUGGCCCUAAAAUAAACGUAUAUAAUUGGUUCAGAUUUGGUCCGCUCUGGACCACCCUUGAUUUGGCCCAAACAUGGACAUCUAUGAUUUCUUAAGAUUUGGUCAGCUCUGGGCGGGCCUAUGUUUGGUUCAGAUUUCGUCCUGUCUGGACUAACCACAUUUUUAUCAAUGUCCGUAAAAUACGUAUUUUCGAUGUCUGUAAAAUACGUUUUCAACUUUCACUUAGAACUGAAAAUGAACGUGACUUCAACGUCCGUAAUUAUGUCUUUUCAACUUCUUUCCAACAUCAUUUUGCUCACUGGACACUCAUUUCAUACAGUUUUUUUUGGCCAGAAUUGUCCACUCAGUAACAAUUUCCACAGUAUUCCAAGGAGUCCUGGAUUCCAUAGAAUCAAUAAAAACAUACACAUCACAUAAAAGUUGUCUAGAUCAUAACACACAUACACAAUAGCAUACACAGCAUACCCAGUAGUAAACAUACAAAAAUAUGUACACACAUACAGCAUAUGUCGUGUACAUACCAUUUUUAAGGAGAACUUGUUGUACGUUUUAGUUAUAUCACAUACAGAAUGUUUUUUUAGAUGUGUACAUUAUGGUCAGAGAGGCUGUGGGUGGUGCUAUUACCAAGGGAAAGCUUUACAUUGUUAUUGCAAUGUGCUCUUGUUAGUUUUGGAUGAGGUUUACUGUUUGCCACUGAUCUAAGAUCAGAUUUGUACUGCCCCAGCCUGAUAGCUAAGGGGGUUUGGAAAGGGUGUUGAUCCUACAUCUGAAUAUGAUUAUGAAUAUAUGAUUAGUUGUAGAUUCUUUUCUCUAGUGGGUAAUUGAAAAGUUAAAGAGUUGAAAAUUACUUUUAGAACACACCUUAGAGAGCAUGCUGAAGCUAAAUAUGGACACUCCUGCUGUGUACCUUUUAUCCACUUCCUGACAAAGUAAACCCCAAACCAUCUACAAGUGGCAAGCAGAGACGCAUUUUUCCAGUCUUUGGUAUGACUUGACCGGGGAUCGAACUCCCAACCUUUCAAUGUCAUGGCGGGCAAAGAAUGAUCUUGACAAAGCAUGUGGUAAAAAAAAUGACCAUGAAAAGUCUUAACAACACAAGAAUAACAAUACAAUGAAGCGUAUGUUUUUUUUUUUUUUUACUAGAAGCUGCGCUGUAAAGGUACAUGAAUAUAUUGGUCUUAUCAUGAUUUUAUUGUUUUUGCUGGUAGAGUAGACAGCAGACCACUCUCUACCAGAUCAGAUACUCAGCAUGAGAGUGGCUGAGAGUAAGUGAGAGGAAGUGUGAACAGAGAGACAAAUGAUUGCGAAACUCCAUGUAUGCUGUAGUAGGCUAGAGUAGGAGGGUGUAUGUAGUGUAGUGGGGAGGUGAUCAUACUCAGUGCAUGGCCACUCUUUAAGAUGCUCUUUUGCAUUUGCCUCGCUCGAUCUGACUGAUUGAAACUUAACACCAGUAACUGUUCUCUCUCUGUCAAGAUUUAUUUUGGUUAAGACACAUUUUGCUUUCUGUGACUGCUCUUUGGGGAGGUGGUCGUUUCUGUGAAGGAUUUCCACAUUUCUCUUAUCUGGAAGUUUUCUUCCACUACUGUGUGUCUUGUCUUGUCUGCUGACAAGACGACCUGAGGAGUCAUACUGUACAACCCACACUAGUGCUUGGUCUUGCUCUGGGAAAAAAUCUCUCUGUGUCUCUCGUUGUGUGCCGGGACCCCUGGGGCGUGGACCUCGCUCGGAUACUACUUGACUUCCUCUUGGAGGAUCCUUUUUCAGUUCCUUAUAAUCUCUGAUCGGAGAGAUCAUGGCUGAGGGUGGUGUCCCGUACCCCUCCGUGUUCAUGGUGGAUAGCCAUGCAGCCUACCCACCGCUGCCCCCCAAACCGAGACCUCCUGGUCGGGGUGGUGCGGCCCAAAGCCUGCUGUUCUUGCUGGUUGGUCUGGCUUUGUGUGGCUUGGCCAUAGAGGCCUGCUUCAUCUACCACCUCUACUCCAAACAGGGAUCUGCGGUGUCAGGGUCAGCUGGUAUGAGUAUCCAAGACCAAGAGGACAUUCCGAAGGAGGUGCCCCCAACUUCAAGACCAAACCCGAUUGUGUUGCCUUCAAAACCUGUUGCACAUCUGACAGCUGGACCUCAAGCACCCCAUGGAGAUGGAGUCAUGGUAUGGGAUAUGCAGACAGAACCGCUCCUCCAUGAAAUGGAGUAUAAAGAUGGCAAGCUUGUCAUCCAGAAGGAAGGCUACUACUACGUCUACUCUAAGAUCUUCUUCAGUGAGGUCGAUGUUGCAUUCACACACUCGGUCUGCAGAACUACUCCACGGUACCUUAGGAAGGACAUUGAACUCCUUAAGUCCAGGAGAUAUUACCCCAAGUCUGGGAAAAUGAUAUCCUCAUCAAACAGCUACCUGGGAGGGGUGUUCCACUUCUUUAAAGAUGACUCCAUCUUUGUCAAAGUGAAAAAUGUCACUCAAGUUCGGAUACACUCUUCCACAGAGAACGUGUUUGGUAUCUAUAUGAUAUAAUAAGCCUGGGGUUGAUGAUGAAGAUACUUUUUUUUAGAUAGCUGGCUGAUUAUCAUUGGUUUAAGGAAUAAUAAUACUGUAGGCUAAUUUACAUGUAAUAUUGCUACGCAGGGCCUUCCCCCUUCCCGGCACACCAUCAUUUUCUUUAAACAAAUCCUUGCAUCAAGAUGCAAUUCGAUGCGUGGAAAAUUGACUGUUGAAGAAAAUCCCCUUUAUAAUAAAGCCAUAAUAACAUUUGCCAUGUGCCAUACACUAGGCUACAGUUGAGCAGAGGGGUUUUUAGGAUUUCCUCACAUGGGGAUUGUUUUUAGCAGGGUCGUAAAAGAAUCCGCCUUUUAAAAAACGCAUUUCAUGCAGUUUUACGUCAUUUACAUGACCUAAAGACAUUAGUUGAAUCUUUUUAUUACCACACAACUGACUGAAAUGACUGGCUACUCUGACACUGACAAACUGAGAUCAAUCUGGUCUUGAAUUCAAACAAACAAUAGCCCAGGCCAAUGAAGCGACACACGGAUUGUACAAUAUUAGGAGGCAAUAUAUAUACAGUAUAUACUGUAUAUCAUAGGUUACAGUAGGUUACUAAAUAAAAUGUUGAGUGGCACACUGAUUCAGCUAAUGAUGAAGAUGAAGCCAUAGGCUUCUCACGGUGAGGGCUGAUGCGCUAGUUGUGGCAAUAGCCUAUCUCAAGAUGAGCUACUUUGAAAAACAGUGCUGCUGUUAGCUAAAAAUUGGGAGUUGUUAAGACAUUUUUUUUAUUGGUUCUAUAGACAGAUUAGUCUUCUCUUUUCACCAGUAAGCAUUUGCUUUCCAAACUGUGCGUUCUUCCCACAAUUUUAUUUUGAAAUCUGAAAACUGACAGCUGCUUCCCAACCAUAGAAAUACAAUCCAUAGAUGACAGUUCCCAUUCAAGUCAGAACUGGCAUCCAUUGCUGGUGUACCCAUGAGUUUAACAGUAAAAUUGCCAGGGUAAGAGGUUACAAAUCACUUCAAUGGAGUAUAUAUCUAUGGCCAAAAAGCAACAAGCUGUAGCCUAUUUGGGGCGCAUGACCUUCCUGACUGUAGGCAUACCAGUAACUGCCAAAGUAAAGGAAACACAUGAGUAAACAAGGGAUACAAGGGAUACAGUAUGUUAUGGUGUGGGGUGCAUUUUCCUGGCAUGGUUUAGAGCCACAUGUAUAAUCUAUGCCAAGGAGCAUUGAAGCUGUUCUGGCAGCUCAUGGUGGCGCAGCUCCCUUUUAAGACACUUUUUGUUGGUGUUUCCUUAAUUUUGGAAGAUAUCUGUAUGCGCUUGUGAUAAAACUUAAUUCACAGUUAUUUCUUUAUAAAUGAUUUAUCCUCUGCGGCUAAAUUAUGCUCUCUGGUGUAUUUUGAACAUUGAGAGCGGGCGCCUGUGGUUGGAUAAAAAAUAUAUAUAUAAAAUAAAAAGUAUUAUUAUUUUUUGCCUCUUGGGCCCAGUCUUUGACUCACACAAUUGACUAGUCCUAUUUAUUUAUUAUGCAGUUAUUAUUUAUAUUUUUUUAUUAAUCAAUUACCCAAUCAAGACAGGGGACCCCCUACCUCCUCUCCUCCCCCCACCUGAUGAUUAGCAGAGCGGCAGCAGCAGGCAGCAGCAGGCAGCAGCAGGCAGAAGCAGGCAGCAGCAGCUAGACUUAUUGAGAGCAGGGUCCUGAGUCUUCCUGUGAUUGGCGGUUGUAGUGAAAAAGUAUAAUCUAUAUUCUACGUAUAUAAUAUAUACUACAUAUAAUAUAUAUAUAUAUAUAUAUAUACAGUAUAUAUUUCCUUAAUAGUUAAACAUUUAUUUAAAAACAAAAAAAUGAAUUGCUGCCUCUUGGGCCCCCAAUGGGCCUGGACGCAGAUGUUUCAGCCCCGGUAAACCCCUGCAUUAAUCCGGCCCUGUUGCUAAGGUAAAUCAUAAAAUCGGAUAAAUUAUAAUAUAUUGAUUGAUUUUGCUUAUGUAGAAUAAAACAUUUUUUUUUAUCAGUGUUGGUGGUGAAAGUGCUGAAUAUUCUGGAGUUAACAUUAUUAGGGAUGUUUGUAUUCACUCAGUGUUACUUCUCUUUUGUAAGUAGUGUUGUUGUUAUUGAUGGGGGUUUUGGUCAGGAGGUAACACAUUAUGUUGAUAGUCCGCCCUCAAGAACAAGAACAAAAAAACUGUAUGAAUAUUACCUCUGUAUGCUAGGGUUCAAUGCAUAUUUACAGACAUCAGCUCUUUAUACUCUUACUUGUUUGUUAUAUUGAUCUGAUUAAAAAUAAUAUAUCCAUAAUAGUAUAAGGAAAUACAUAAUAUAGAUAAUGUAGAAAAAUAUUAAGAUAUUUAGAUAAUUCGAAAUAGAGACAAGUAGAUAUAUUCUACAUUAUUGAAACGAUUUAAGAAUACCUGAUAUUCAGGUAAAUUGCAUGUAAACCACUGCAUAGUGUUCAUGAUAAGGUCAAAUGUUAGACUAUCUAUUUCCCUCUUUGUAUACCCUCCAUAAAAUGACCUAGUAAUUAACUAAUUUCAAUACCCUCGACAUGUAUUUCACCUUUUGGGGUUUUAUAUUUAUUUAGCAUUUUAUACAAAUGUAAAGUAGUCAUUGUCCUCCAUAUUCUGAUAAACACGACUUAUCAAUUUCCAUAUAUAGUGAGAAAUAAAAAAUAAUAUAUUUUUUUUCUACUUCUUGGACGCCAACGCUAUGCAAGCAGUAGGCUAUAGCUGUAACACAUGCUGUGUAUUUUGUAUAUUCUAUCCUGCAAAUAUUCAAAUAAAUAACGAUUCUGUGUGA